GUCGUUCUUCUUCAUUCCCGUAAUCCCGUCGGCAAAUUGAAAAAAUGCUCCAAAAUCCAGCCUAGGGUUUCCAUACUCAAAUCAAGCACGAUCAGCGUCGUAGAUAGUGGAAGCAGCGAAAAUGUCUCGACAAGCUGCGACGACGGCUUUUCAUAAGUCCAAGACCCUUGACAACAAAUAUAUGCUUGGCGAUGAAAUUGGAAAAGGAGCAUAUGGACGAGUGUAUAAAGGCUUGGAUUUGGAGAAUGGAGAUUUUGUUGCAAUUAAGCAAGUCUCUUUGGAGAACAUUGCGCAGGAAGACCUCAACAUCAUUAUGCAAGAGAUCGAUCUGCUUAAGAAUUUGAACCAUAAAAAUAUUGUGAAAUAUUUGGGAUCUUUGAAGACGAAGACUCAUCUUCAUAUUAUACUUGAAUACGUGGAGAAUGGUUCACUUGCCAACAUAAUCAAGCCCAACAAAUUUGGGCCAUUUCCGGAGUCAUUGGUGGCUGUUUAUAUAUCUCAGGUUUUGGAAGGAUUAGUGUAUCUACACGAACAAGGUGUCAUUCACCGUGAUAUCAAGGGUGCAAAUAUUUUGACCACUAAAGAGGGUCUUGUGAAACUCGCUGAUUUUGGAGUUGCAACCAAACUGACAGAGGCUGAUGUUAAUACACAUUCAGUUGUUGGGACUCCCUACUGGAUGGCCCCUGAGGUACUUCGCUCGGUUUUGAUUUUUGGGCUAGUGAUUGAAAUGUCUGGAGUGUGUGCUGCAUCAGACAUUUGGAGUGUUGGCUGUACAGUCAUUGAGCUUCUUACUUGUGUACCCCCUUAUUACGACCUCCAGCCAAUGCCUGCUCUCUUUCGGAUUGUGCAGGAUGCACAUCCUCCUAUACCAGAUAGUUUAUCUCCUGCGAUUACUGACUUUCUACGUCAGUGCUUUAAGAAGGAUGCUAGACAAAGGCCGGAUGCAAAGACCUUACUUUCUCAUCCUUGGAUUCAAAAUUCAAGACGGGCCCUCCAAUCUUCUCUCCGUCAUAGUGGAACGAUCAGGAACAUUGAGGAAGAUGGUUCAGUUGAUGCGGAAUUAUCCAAUGGAGAUGAACAGCAUGCUUCUGAAGGUCUUUCAUCUGAGAAAGGCUCUAGAAAGGAGUUGCUAACAGAAGAAGGUGAGGUGAGCGAAUCAUUAAAUGGUGAUGGAUUUGGUGGUGUUGACACCGAGGAAAGAGCAGAUGGCACUGAUGAAGAUUUAUCAGAUCAAGUGCCCACCUUAGCCAUCCACGAAAAUAAUGCUGUGGAGAAAAACUCAAAUGGACAUGCUAUAGCUGAUGAUGUUGUCUAUAACUUGAAAGAGCACCAUGAUUCAUCCCAUUUUUCUGAGCAGGAUAAAGUGUGCAUCAAUGGUGAUUUGGAAUCUUCCGCAUUGAAAGGAAAGGAUGUUGUAUCAAAAAAGUCUGAGGAAGAGGGAAGUAAUGUGCAUGGUGAUAAUGAUUCAUUUGCAUUUGGAGGAAAGAGCCAGGAAUCUUCUUCCAGAAAGACGAUUAAGGCAUCAUUGUUCUCCAGUGAAAAUGAGCUUAGCAGAUUCAGUGAUACUCCUGGAGAUGCCUCCUUAGAUGACCUGUUUCAUCCACUUGACAAUAAUUUGGUGGAUCGCACUGCUGAAGCCUCAACUUCUGCUUCUUCAUCAAAUGUAAAUCAGGCUAGUGUGUAUACUGAUACGGGGAAGAAUGAUUUAGCUACAAAAUUGCGAGCUACAAUUGCUCAGAAAAUGGAGAAUGAUUCUGGGCAAGCAAGUGGGGGUGAUCUGCUUCGUCUGAUGAUAGGUGUUCUAAAGGAUGAUGUUAUUGACAUGGAUGGUUUGGGUUUUGAUGAUAAGUUGCCAGCAGAAAAUCUUUUUCACCUGCAGGCUGUUGAGUUUGGCAAGCUAGUGUCAUCCUUAAGACCAGAUGAACCAGAAGAGGUUAUCGUAUCCACUUGUCAGAAGUUAACUGCAUUCUUCCAUCAAAGGCCUGAGCAGAAAAUUGUCUUUGUUACUCAGCAUGGUUUGCUUCCUCUUUUGGAAUUACUUGAAGUUCCAAAAUCGCGGGUUACAUGUUCUGUAUUGCAACUCCUUAACCAGAUAAUCAAAGAUAACACAGACUUUCAAGAGAAUGCCUGUCUUGUGGGCCUUAUUCCUGUUGUUAUGAGCUUUGCCGUACCUGAUCGUCCUCGAGAAGUUCGCAUGGAAGCAGCUUUUUUCCUGCAGCAACUUUGCCAGUCCAGCUCUUUGACGUUACAGAUGUUUAUUGCUUGCCGUGGGAUACCAGUUUUGGUGGGUUUUCUGGAGGCUGAUUAUGCAAAAUAUAGGGAAAUGGUUCAUCUGGCUAUUGAUGGCAUGUGGCAGGUAUUUAAGCUUCAACGGUCAACCCCUAGAAAUGACUUUUGUCGUAUAGCAGCAAAAAAUGGCAUAUUACUUAGGCUCAUCAACACUCUUUAUAGUUUGAAUGAGGCGACUCGUCUAGCUUCUAUAUCUGCGGGUGGUGGUCUGCCACCAGAUAUUUUGGUUCCACGACCACGUUCUGGUCCAUUGGAUCCUUCAAUGUUACAAAGUGAACCUGCAGCUUAUGGGAUUGAUCCAAUGGAUCACUUUAAAGUCAGGCUUGGAGCUGUGGAUCAUAUAUUACCGGCUGGAACCCAGGAAAUGCCACGCUCGUCAGUUUCACAUUCACCUGAUUCAAGAUUCUUUUCUGUUGAUCCAGAAAGGCAUCAGUCAGGCAACUCUCCUGCAGAAGCUUCAGGCAGUUCUAAAGUGUUAGAUUCAGUAUCUUUUGACAAAGUAACGAAUGCAGGGCCGAGAGAAAUUCCUGCAGCUAAUUCGAGGGAUAGAGAGGGCAUGGACAGAUGGAAAAAUGACCCGUCUCGUAUUGAUCUUGAACAAAGAUUGCAAAGAGGCGCUAGUACUGCAAAUGGAAUAUCUGUGGAUCGGCCUCGGAAAUCUGCCGAGGGUGCAUCAGCUGGAAUUUCUCCUGCAACUACAAUCCAGCAAGAGAAUGUGCGCCCCCUCCUAAGUCUACUGGACAAGGAGCCCCCAUCCCGUCAUUUUUCUGGACAGCUUGAGUAUGUACGACAUCUCACUGGAUUCGAGAAACAUGAAAGCAUACUUCCUCUUUUACAUGGAUCUAAUGAGAAGAAAUCAAAUGGGAUGGAGUUCUUGAUGGCUGAGUUUGCAGAGGUCUCUGGGCGUGGGAGGGAUAACAGUAACUUGGAGUCAUUACCCAGGAAUUCGCAGAAAGUAGCAACUAAGAAGGUCGGGCCACAAACAUCAAAUGAUGGAUUUGCUUCUACUUCUGGGCUUGCAUCUCAGACUGCAUCUGGGGUUUUAUCUGGAUCUGGGGUUCUAAAUGCUAGACCAGGGAGUGCCACGUCUUCUGGGUUGCUGUCUCAUAUGGUGUCACCUUGGAAUGCAGAUGUGGCAAGGGAAUAUCUGGAAAAAGUGGCAGAUCUUCUUCUUGAGUUUGCUAGAGCAGACACAACUGUGAAAUCAUACAUGUGCAGUCAGAGUUUGCUUAGUCGUCUUUUCCAGAUGUUCAAUAAAAUAGAGCCCCCUAUUCUCUUGAAGUUGCUGAAAUGCAUCAAUCAUCUUUCCAUGGAUCCACACUGCUUAGAACAUCUUCAGCGAGCAGAUGCCAUAAAGUACUUGAUCCCAAAUCUUGAUCUCAAGGAGGGUCCUCUUGUUUCUCAGAUACACAACGAGGUUCUCCAUGCGCUCUUCAAUCUCUGUAAAAUAAACAAGAGAAGGCAGGAGCAGGCAGCAGAAAAUGGGAUAAUUCCACACUUGAUGCAAUUCAUCAUGUCUGAUUCUCCAUUAAAGCAAUAUGCCUUGCCUCUCCUUUGUGAUAUGGCCCAUGCUUCACGUAAUUCCAGGGAGCAGUUACGGGCUCAUGGUGGGUUAGAUGUAUACUUGAGCCUCCUUGAAGACGAGCUCUGGUCGGUCACCGCUUUGGACUCCAUUGCUGUUUGCUUGGCUCAUGAUAAUGAUAGUAGGAAAGUAGAACAGGCAUUACUCAAAAAGGAUGCUGUACAGAAACUGGUCAAGUUUUUUGAAAAUUGUCCAGAGCAGCACUUUCUGCAUAUUCUGGAGCCUUUCCUUAAAAUUAUAACAAAAUCAUCUCGUAUAAAUACCACGCUUGCUGUCAAUGGCUUGACACCAUUGUUGAUAUCAAGAUUGGACCAUCAAGAUGCUAUAGCUCGCUUGAAUCUGCUGAAGUUAAUAAAGGCUGUUUAUGAGCACCAUCCUCGUCCGAAGCAAUUGAUUGUGGAAAAUGAUCUUCCACAUAAGCUUCAGAAUUUGAUUGAGGAACGGAGAGAUGGCCAAAGUUCCGGGGGUCAGGUGUUGGUGAAGCAGAUGGCAACCUCUCUGCUGAAGGCACUUCAUAUUAACACAGUUUUGUAAAUUAAAUUAAAUUACUUGAAUGCUGUAAAUUAUGUAAAAUUCCAGUGUGUAAUUAGUCAAAUCCCUUUCCCAAGCUUCUAACGUAUUUGCCUUUUUAUUCUGCGGCAAAAUUGCCUUGUGAUAGAUUUAAUUUAUUUUUAUUUUUUUGGCUUGAGGAUUAGAUCCUGAGAGAACUCUUCAAGGACUGGUAGUUGUUUUGGCUUUGCUCUCAAGGAAAAUAGUGAAUGACCUAUUGUGGUUUUCAUCAUGUAUAAAAAUGUGAAGUGUUUUUGUGUUAAAUGUAAGCUUCCACAUUGUAUUUUAUUCGAUUUUAUUAGUUCGAAUUCGAGUGGAUUGUACAGUAAUGUUAUUAGUAUUAUUGUUUUGAAAGGGGUGGUACAUUUCUGAAUUGAAAGGAACAAGUUCAAUAAGCUCUGGG